GGUGGAGUAGCCGGGGUGCAACGGGCCUGUGAGGAAUUGGGAGUCAACAGGACAUCACGGACAUCACACGGACUUCCUGACAGCGCUGUUGAAAAUGGGAAACGUUCAACCCACCAUUGUUCCUUAUGCAGACUUUGAUGUGAUGUCUGAUAUCAAAGCCAUACGCAAAUCAUGUAAAGGCAUGGGGACGGAUGAAGAGGCCAUCAUUUCAAUCUUAGCCAACCGCUCUGCUGCCCAGAGGUUGGAAGUAAAGCAAGCCUAUUUUGAAAAAUAUGACGAUGAGCUGGAGGAGGUUCUGAAGAGCGAGCUGACGGGCAGUUUUGAGAAGGCCAUCAUCGCCAUGUUGGACCCUCCGCCAGUCUAUGCCGCCAAGGAGCUCCGCAAGGCCAUGAAGGGAGCGGGCACUGACGAGGACGUGCUGGUGGAGAUCCUGUGCACUACAACCCCUGAUGAUAUCAUAACCCUGAAAGAGGCCUACACCCAAGUAAACGAGCGUGACUUGGAGUCUGACAUUGAAGAUGACACGAGUGGAGAUGUCAGGAACCUGCUGAUCUCUCUCCUUCAGGCCAACCGGGAUGAAACCUAUGAAGUGGAUGAGGGCUUAGCUGAGCAAGAUGCAGCAGCCUUAAACGAGGCUGGAGAGGGCCGGUUUGGGACAGAUGAAUCCACCUUCACCCACAUCCUCACACACAGGAACUACCUGCAACUCCAGGCCACAUUCAAGUUCUACGAAUCACUCUCUGGCACUGACAUCCUGGACUCCAUAGAGAGUGAGGCGACUGGGACGUUAAAGGACUGCUAUAUCACCCUGGUGCGCUGUGCCAAAAACCCCCAGCUGUACUUCGCUCGCCGGCUGAACGCUGCCAUGUCGGGAGCUGGCACUGACGAAGACACACUCGUCCGCAUCAUUGUGUGCCGCUCAGAGAUUGAUCUGGAGACCAUCAAAGACAUGUACCUGGAGAAGUAUGACGUGACUCUGAAGGAUGCGCUGAGCUCUGACUGCGGCGGUGACUUCAAGCGUCUGCUCCUGGAGCUCCUCCACUAAAAGACGGCCACGCAGACGGCCAAGCUGCCACUCCAGCUGGCCUACCCUCAGCUCCCGCCAACCAACAGAACUCAGCCAGCACCCCCGCGCUCUGUCUCUCUUUCUUUCUGUCUUUGUGUCUUUCUUCUCUUUUGCCUUUGCUCUCUUUUUCUCUCUCUCUCUUAUUCUGUCAGCUACACUCCGUUUGUCUGUUGGGGGUGUUGACACCAAAUAUUCAUACCUUUGUCUAUCUGUCUGUCACUCCCAUAACUUUUCCACUAACUCCUUAACCUAAGUGCCGACAGGUGAUCAAAUCACGGUAAUCACAUAGUCAGACACUGCUGAGGUUUAGAUCGCUCUCCCUCUGCCUCUGUUUAGGGGACCAAUGCUACAGAGUGGUGGUACAACAGGUGAUAGCUGUCUCCAGGUAAUAACAAAGCAAACCUACUGCCUUCUCUUCCACAGACCCACGUGACUGUGUACUGUUGUUUUUUUAGAGGACUAGUUAGAAACUCAACACUUAACCAGGUAUUUAUCAUAAUUUAUCUUAGUAUAACCAUUUGUAGUCUAUUUUAACACACUACUGGAGGUGUUACUGGGGCUCACUUUAAGAACGUUGGCCCUGAUCGUAGGCCUCAGCUUUGUAUUAAAUGUAACGGUGCUUGUUUUAACUUGUGAAGAAGUUGCACUAGGAGGAAUCUGCAGUAUGCCUCUGCUUAAUUCAUCAUCAAUUACACUGUGUAUGUAUGUCAUUAAAAAGCUCUUAAAUGCUACUGUAUUGCUUUAAAUCCAUAUACACACACAAUUACAUUAUCACAUAAACACUAGCCUUUCACACCAUAACACCAGAAUGUAAGUUUCAUGUUAUAUUGUUAUUUACAGUAUGUUGUAUUAUGUAACUGUAUGAGAAAGGUUAACUGACAGUAGGCUAACUGUUAACAUGUAAACAGGCUGGAAUUGGAGUUUACUGGGAAUAACGGCCUUAUUGUUGAGUGAAAUGUGAAAAUAAUAUGAAUUGAAACUAAACAAAAUAAACUAUUUACUUUAAC